UGUCACGUGAUCAAAGGUGUGGUGGAAAAUCCAAUAUGGCGCCUUCCUGCCCACCAUAAUAAUGCAUUCGGAGGACUUUGUCGUCAUAUCCUUCUCUAUUUCCUUCUUCCAACGAACAAUUUAGUAUCACGAUGUCACAGGCAGCAGUCAACACAUCAUCUCUACCCUUGGAGAUCAGGGCCAAGCUAGCGGAAUUGGAACUAGAGCUCUCCGAAGGUGACAUCACGCAGAAAGGUUUUGAGAAGAAGAGGGCGCGGCUCCUGGCUCCGUACGCACAGCAACAGCAGCAGCAACAGCAGAGGCAGGAACAGCUGAGACAGGAGCUGCAGAGGCAACAGCACCAGAACCAGCAGAGACAGCAGCAACAGAGACAUGGACAGUCAGGACAGCAGGGCAGACAUGCUGGUUCGGGCGGGUCCGGUGGUGGCCAUGGCAACGAGCGCCAGUCGCAGGCGCAGCGGCGGCGGGACAGACGCCGGGGUCGUCAUGACCACCGCGACGAGAGAUACCGAUCAGACAUCCAUGCAGAGGCUGUACAGCAGGCCCUGGCGCAGCACAGUAAGAGGAACCGUGUCCCGGUGAUGCCCAUGCCGUCCAAGCGCCAGUCACUGGUCCUCAACAACCCGGUCAUGGACACUCCUACCGAGUUAGCCCGGCUUAGACACUUCCAUUCCCAGAAGGCCAUGCGCUGUGUCGCCCAGAACAGACUCUCGCUCCAAACUCCCGUACAGUCCGGGGACUCUCCCGUACCGUCUGGUGACUCGGACACAUCUUCUGAUGAUGAAAGUAUCCACUCCGGUCGUCUGUCUACAUCAUCACCGGAGCAUCCUUCCAGACAGCCUAGCGGGCUCACGAAAAACAGCGCCGGCGGGAGUCGCUCCUCGGUGUCGUCCCAGUCCACGACAGCCAGCGGUGCUCAAGGCGCGCCUGGCGGGAUCUACAGCAUUGCAGAUGUUCUGCAGGACUCGUCUGGAAUCUUCAGUAUUGCAGAUGUCCUUCAGGGGUACCAGGAAGUGCCCAGUUCCAGUCAGAAGACGACCCAGCAGUUGCCGCCUGACGUGACAUCCCCCUCCGUGGCGAGUCAGACCUUCCGGAUGGACCGUACCAUUGACAGGAGGCACAGGCCGCAGCCCAAACCACAGCAACCUGAGGAUGAAAAUGAUUCUGAUCUAGAACUGCUGUUUCCUGUCCACGGGAAGGUGUCUGCUAAGAUCCAGCAGCUCCUGAACACCCUGAAGAGACCCAAGCGCAAGCCGCUCAGGGAGUUCUUUGUAGAUGAAGAGGAGGAGUUAGAAGCAAUAGCAAAAGAAGUGGACCCCAACGCUCCAAAGGCAGAGGGUCCUGUCAUAUCUCCUGCUGUGGGAGAAUCACUAGCAAUUCCAUCAGGACUUCCUCGGAACCUGGAGGCCGCGGUGCAGAGAUACGGGUCGGCCAGCUACAAGGCCACGGUCAUCACUGCACUGGACGCUACAGGGAAACACUCCAUCACGCUAACUUAUGGUAAACUGCUGAGCAGAAUGCAGAAGAUUGCGUUCUCCUUACUGAACAAGGUUGGACAGAAAGAACCUGCCAUCAGACCUGGGGAUAGGGUGGCGCUGGUGUACCCCAACAGUGACCCCAUCUCCUUCAUGUGUGCGUUCUACGGCUGUCUGUAUGCAGGAGUGGUGCCGGUUCCAAUAGAGGUGCCCUUGACAAGAAAAGAUGCUGGAAGCCAACAGAUCGGGUUCUUGUUGGGGAGCUGCGGGGUGUCUGUUGCGCUCACAUCUGAGGCCUGUCUGAAAGGGCUGCCCAAAGGACCCUCUGGAGAAGUUGCACAGUUCAAGGGCUGGCCCAGACUGACGUGGUUCGUUACAGAGCACCUGUCCAAACCGGCCAAGGACUGGAUGCCUCCUCCCAGACUGUCUGACGAACAGACGGCAUACAUUGAGUACACGACAGCGAAGGAUGGCAGUGUGAUGGGUGUGACGGUUAACCGCGGCGCAAUGUUGUGCCACUGUCGUACCCUGACUGCUGCCUGUAACUACACGGAAGGAGAGAUCAUCGUUAACGUGCUGGACUUCAAACGUGAUGUCGGGCUCUGGCACAGCAUUCUCACUAGUGUGUUCAACGGCAUGCAUGUGGUGUUUGUACCAUACUCACUCAUGAAGGUCAACCCAACAUCAUGGCUCCACAUGGUCACAAGGUUCAAAGCGACGUGUGCGACAGUGAAGUCUCGUGACAUGCACUGGGCACUGGUGGCACAGAAGGACCAGAAGGACAUCAACCUGUCCUCACUCAGGAUGUUACUGGUGGCUGAUGGGGCAAACCCAUGGUCCUUGUCGUCCUGCGAUGCCUUCCUGAACGUGUUCCAGAACAAAGGUCUGAAGCCUGAAGCCAUCUGUCCCACAGCCAGCUCAGCUGAGGCGCUCACUGUGGCCGUCAGAAGACCAGGGAGGACAGGUGGACAGGGGACAGGGCGGGGUGUGCUGUCCAUGUCUGGCCUGAGUUACGGAGUGGUGCGGGUGGACACGGAGGACAAACUGACCUCACUCAUUCUCCAGGAUGUGGGAACGGUCAUGCCUGGAGCUGUUGCAGUAAUAGUGAAGGUAGACAACGCACCCGGCCUGUGUAAAACAGACGAGGUGGGGGAGAUCUGUGUGGCUUCUGGCGCCAUCGGGGCUGGCUACUUUGGUCUUCAGGGGCUCAGUAACAACACAUUCAAGAUACAGCCGCUAGCCAGUGAUGGGAAGCCCAUGGCAGAGCAGACGUUUGUCAGAACUGGGCUGCUGGGAUUCCUGGGGCCUGGAGGAAUGAUCUUCGUGGUGGGUAAAGUGGAUGGCCUGAUGAACAUUAGUGGGAGGAGACACAACACUGAUGACAUCAUCGCCACGGUGCUGGCAGUAGAGCCAAUGAAAUUCAUCUACAGGGGGAGGAUCGCAGUUUUCUCCAUCAAAGUCUUGAGAGACGAGAGAAUAGUCAUCAUCGCUGAGCAGAGACCAGAUUCUUCGGAAGAAGAUAGUUUCCAGUGGAUGAGUCGAGUACUGCAGGCUAUAGACAGUAUCCACCAGGUGGGCGUGUACUGCCUGCUGCUGGUGCCUGCCAACUCACUACCAAAGACCCCGUUGGGUGGUAUCCACCUGUGGGAGACCAAGCAGAGGUUUAUGGAAGGCAGCCUGCACCCCUGUAAUGUGUUGAUGUGUCCGCAUACGUGUGUUACAAAUCUUCCAAAGCCAAGACAGAAACAUCCAGAAGUUGGUCCAUCGUCCGUCAUGGUGGGCAACUUGGUGCAGGGUCGGCGCAUCGCGGGCGCACAGGGCAGGGACAUCGGAACUCUGGACGGGGACGACGAGCAGUAUAGAAAGGGUUUCUCCUCCCUGCGGUUGAGCGGCAAACAGCACAUCCCGAGCGAUCCCAUCGAGUCGACAGGAAAAACCCAUCAGUUCCUGUCAGAAAUCCUGCAGUGGAGAGCAGCCACCACUCCGGAGGAGGUUCUCUUCUCACAACUCAAUGCAAAGACCACAGCAUACCGUGUGCGGAGUGGCAGCAUUUCACGGCUCCUGAGGACUGGCUCUGGGGGAGGGGGUGCGGGUGCCGUGUCCUGUAUGCAGCUGCACAAGCGUGCGGAGAGGAUCGGCUGCCUGCUGCUGGAGAAGGGGAAGAUCAACACAGGCGACCACGUGGCUCUUAUCUUCACUCCUGGUAUUGACCUUAUUGCAGCUGUGUAUGGCUGUUUCUAUGUUGGUGCUGUUCCAGUCCCCGUGCGCCCUCCCCACCACCAGAACAUCGCCACCACCCUCCCCACUGUCAAGAUGAUCGUGGAUGUCAGCAAGUCUGUGGCAGUCCUCACCAUGGGAACUAUGCUAAAACUACUCAAGUCUAAAGAGGCAGCUAGUGCAAUAGAUGUGAAGACGUGGCCAGUGUUGUUAGACUGUGACGACACGCCCAGAAAAAAGCUGUCCAGUAUCUACCGGGCUCCCACACCUGAGAUGCUGGCUUACCUGGACUUUAGUGUCUCCACUACGGGCAUGCUGGCUGGUAUCAAGAUGUCCCACUCUGCGGCCAGUAACCUGUCCCGCUCGUUGAAGCUGCAGGCAGAACUGUACCCGUCCAGAACCAUCGCCCUGUGUCUGGACCCCUUCUGUGGGCUGGGCUUCGUACUCUGGUGCUUAGUGGGGGUGUAUGCAGGUCACCACACCAUCCUGAUCCCCCCUGCAGACGUGGAGGCUAACCCCUCACUCUGGCUCAUGGCUGUCAGUCAAAAUAAAGUGCGUGAUGUGUUCUGCUCAUAUGGAGUGAUCGAGAUCAGCACCAAGGGACUGGGAGGGUCAACUGGUACCUUGAGGGCCAAGGGUGUGAACCUGUCAGGUGUGCGGACCUGUGUGGUUGUUGCGGAGGAGAGACCCAGAAUAAACCUGUGUAACUCCUUCUCUAAGCUGUUCAAGGACGUGGGGCUGUCCCCCCGCGCUGUCAGCACCACCUUCGGCUGCAGGGUCAAUGUUGCUGUCUGUUGCCAGGGUACGUCUGGCCCCGACCCCACGUCUGUGUUUGUGGACAUGCGAGCCCUGCGGAAUGACAGAGUCACCCUGGUGGAGAAGGGCAGUCCUCACAGCCUGUGUCUCAUGGAGUCGGGAAAGAUCCUGCCAGGAGUGAAGGUGGUGAUAGCUAACCCUGAGACAAAGGGGCAGUGUGGGGACUCCCAUCUGGGAGAGAUCUGGGUGUCCAGUCCACACAGUGCCAGUGGCUACUUCACCAUCUACGGAGACGAGUCCUUGCAGAAUGACCACUUCUCAGCCAGCCUGACCACAGGCGACACCACGCAGGUCUACUCCAGAACCGGCUACCUGGGCUUCCUCCGACAGACGGACCUCACCAAUCACGCAGGAGAGUACCAUGAUGCCCUGUACAUUGUGGGCUCGCUUGACGAGACCCUGAUGUUGCGGGGGAUGCGGUAUCACCCUAUCGACAUUGAGAACAGCGUGCUCAGAUGUCACAAGAACAUCUGUGAAUGUGCUGUGUUCACCUGGACCAACCUGCUGGUGGUAGUGGUAGAACUAGAGGGACCUGAGAACGAGGCCCUGGACCUGAUCCCCCUGGUCACCAACGUGGUGCUGGAGGAACACUACCUCAUCGUGGGGGUGGUGGUGGUGGUGGAUCCAGGUGUGAUCCCGAUUAACUCCCGCGGAGAGAAGCAGCGCAUGCACCUCCGGGACGGCUUCCUGGCCGACCAGCUGGACCCCAUCUAUGUGGCCUACAACAUGUGACAAAAGGGGGACGCCCCUGCUCAAGACACCCUCCCUCGAGACCGCAUCGUAGGCAGCCUACAGAGGAAUCAAUCCCCCAGACACCAAGCUAACUGACACUUCUGAUGUCAUCGAUUGGGAGAGGCAUUGCAGUUUAUGAACUUAUCAUUUGAAAUAUCAGUUGCAGUUGGAUUUGACCAUUGGCAGUAAUCUGUUUGCCAAAGUAUGUCAAAAAUUGUCUGUUUUUAAACACCUCACAACAAAUUUGAUUCAGAUUUUGUCUUAUUUUACUCUCCCCAUUCACCAACUGAAGAUGGUAGCUCCCAAAUAGAGUAUCAUUCUUGCUACAUCUUCUACUUUAAACAGCCUUCAAUAAGACUUGGUCACCGAAUUCUUAGAUUCUGUAUAUUUUAAGUCAUUGAAUAAGAUCACAUGGCAAGACUUGCAGGUUUGUUGAAGAUGUAUAUUGUUUGCAGGUUUAGAAUGGACUGUUAGCCUUGGAAGUAUUUUCCUUGGUUUUUAUUUGUGUUUUCCUUUUUUGUCAUUAAAUGUACAUAGAUCAUACAAUUCCAUUUUUAUGUGUGUUGAUCACUGUUGCACAGUUACUUUUUGAUACACAUUUAAAUUUAUCAUAUUUGGUUAUUUUUAAAGAGUAAGCAUGUCAGCAUCACACUUAUAUGGUUGCAUGAUUAACGCACUCCUCACUGUUAAACAUAAGGUGCUGAACUUACUUUUGCUAUGCCUUGGUUGUUUGGAUUUUUGGUUUUAUUUCUCCUUGCUACUGGCUUGAAAAAGCUAAUUGAAAAAGUCAAUUGCAGGCACUUUUAUAUGCUUUACAAAAUUUCCCAUUCUACCAUUGAUAGAGGUGAUUUGGUGUGGUCAUAAAUGUGUUCUUGGGAGGGAAGACCUAAAAUAAGUGGUCUAGUAAAAGAGUGAAAACCUUGGCAGGGGCAAAGGAGUUCCAACAAGAAGAAUAACAAUGAGAGUGUGUGUCCUCUCUUAGACUUAACUGUUCAUAGUGGUAAUUAUUAUGAUAGAUUUGCAUCAGAUUCUUGACCAUGCACUGGUCAUAUCCUGGCCACAUUGUUUUGGUCCAGGGUGUCUUGUUUAUCGAACAUAGACUACCAGUAAAACCAUUAUGAAGUAUAACAUCAAGCCCUAUAGUGAGUGGUAUGUACACCCCCUUACCUGUAUUAGGCUUUAACAUACAGUUAUUACCGUAACUGUUACCUGUAGUUUAUGUUGACUGGUACACCCAGUAGAUACACAGAGGCACCUCCAUGUGUAUGGUUUAAAGCUGGUUUGUAUGGCCCAGCCUAGAAGUAAGGAGUAGAGGUAGUGAAGAGAACAUGUAUAGUGGACAAAUUGCUGCUGGAAUCAGGCAGUGCCUGCUGGAGGGUGGCUUUCUUAGAUUUUUGGCAACGCCUCUGGGGCAGAGCCAUUUUGUGCUGUGUUCUUUACUUGUGUGACUUGUUUUGGUAUAGUUUGUAUACACAUAUGACUUAAGUUUUAAAUCUUAAUUGACAGGUAUUUAACCUUUUUUAAUUGAAAUGAAACCGUUUUAGUAUCAAAUUGUAAAGCCACAUGUUACUACAAAAAUGACAUAAUGUAUCAUUCCCUAUGGUCGCUUAUAUCUAUCUAUAUAUCUUAAUAGGAGCUGUUUUUGUUUUGUUUUGCAAUGUUAAAAGCAAUUUUACUUCAUCCUUGGGCGCUGCAAGGAGGUAACACAUUGAUAUCAAAAUAAUGAAAGCCAUUCCUUGUUGAUAUGAAAUUAGCCUUUGGUGUUGUGUUCAUACUUGUUGCAAAGUUGUUGUUUUUUCAAUUUUCACCAUUUGCAUUUGUCCUCCACUGCACUUGCAGGCAAAGUCACUCAUCCAAAGAGAAAAUGGUACUAAGUACAUGAAACUGUCCACUAAGACUGACAGAAAGAAGCAAGCUUGUGUUGAUAGCGUCAUAGCAACUUGUGUCUUGCUCCAGAGGGAUGGCAUAGUAUGCAACCUUUUGGCAUCCCCUUGGCAAGUCAAUGAUUGACCUCAGGUCCAGAGAGUCUACAAAAAUGUCUGAGCUCAGAGUGUGCAACUUCUGACCCAGAAGGCAACUGCUGCUGCCACUAGAGCACAAGUGUAAGAACUACCGAAGGACUUACGUUGCUUGUUUUGCAUACAAUUUUACCCUCCAAAGUUGAUGAUGAGUCUUACAUCACAGAAAUAGAAUAGUGAUGUUGCCAUGGAAAUAAGUAUAGGAGUAUACAGAUUUAGCUGUCUCAUGUUUGUACUUUUUAUACUGCUAGAAUCAUAGAAAAUGAACAAGACCCCUACAUAGGAGUUGGUACAUGUACAUGUAGUAAGACUUGUGUGCAAUGUUUGGCUAGUGUUCUAUUUCAUUGUUGUUUGGCUUUAUUUUUACAGAGGUUAGUCUGUUCUCCUUUUUGUACAAUGUAUUCAGUGUUGCAAGGAGACUCGGCUUGUAUAUAAGGCCUAACACUGCUGUGAAUUGUUUAUUCGCUGUGUUUUUGCUUUGUCAAUUUUAUAGCUAUGAUCAAGUGUUAGGCUGUAAAGAUGUACUCCCAUUGAAUGUAUACGUCCUCUGUCAAUGAUAAUUCCAUUAAUGUCUCAUAUUAUUACUUACUGAGGUAAAGUGUGUUCUGUGGAAAUCAUUAAAGUCAUUAGUAAAUCUACAAUAAGUCUGAAGUAACAACUGAAAAAUUCUCUUUGGGAGAGUUUUGGUCAUCUCAAAUGCAGUCAAUAGGCACAUACAGGGGAAAAUUAAAUAUAGUAUGUAACAGUAGGGUGAAGAUUUGGGGACAAAGGACUAGUUGUUCCUCUCUUGGAGAAAUGUUGUAAAUAGCCUUCCUGUAUACAUGGAGUAAAAACCUACACUGUUCACUUCGAUGAAGUUGCAUGUUUCGAUGCAUUCAAUAAUUAAAAUGAAGCAGCCAUGACCAGAA